AUGGCGCAGCGCAGCAAAGCGGCGGGCGUGACGUUUUCGCUGAUCGACGAGGACCACACCAUCGGGAACUCCGUGCGCUUCAUUCUCAACCAGGAGUGCGUGUUCGCCUGCUAUAGUGACAUGUCGAGUGCUUGUAGUGAUGUGUCGCCUGCUAGUGUCUUGUCUCCUGCUCCUAGCUUCGUCCCCCGUGUGAGCUUCUGCGGCUACUCAGUGCCACACCCGUCUGACAAUAAAGUGAACAUCCGGGUGCAAACAACAGGCGACCCGGCAAGGGAGGUACUCAAGGAUGGGUUGCUGGAGCUAGCAGGCUUCUGUGAGCAUGUGACACGCACGUUUGAAUCCGCCUUUGACAAGUUUGAACGGCGACGACGAGGCGAAGCAGUGGAGGAGGAAGAGGAGGAAGGGGAUGAUGAGGACAUGCAGGAUGCAUCUUGA